UUCACCCAAAAAUAAUGCCUCUAAAAAUUUUCAUUUUAAUCUUGAGAAUAUCAAAAUCAAGAUCAAAAAUUUGGAUUUUUUGUGUCAAAGAUGUUUUGCUAAUUAUUCAACCUUAAAUCCUGUUCAGUCUUUAGUUUUUCCUGUUGCAUAUAAUACAAAUGAAAAUAUGCUAAUUUGUGCUCCAACUGGAGCCGGUAAAACUGACAUUGCUUUAUUGACCAUUUUGCAUACUAUUAAUUCUUAUUUAAUCCAAGUUCCUAAAUCAGUCAACAAAGGUUUUAGCAAACCAGGCGUUUUAAAUUCAGAUGAAUCUGAUGAAACAGAUGAUUUAAAUGAAAACCCAGAAUUUGAAAUAAAUCUAAACGAUUUUAAAAUUAUUUACAUUGCUCCUUUAAAAGCUCUAGCUUCUGAAAUUGUUUCAAAAUUUUCCAAAAAGUUAAACUGGCUAAAUAUAAAAACAAAAGAAUUGACUGGUGAUAUGCAAUUAACAAAAAAUGAAAUUUUGCAAACUCAAAUCAUUGUGACAACACCCGAGAAGUGGGACGUCAUAACGAGAAAAUCAAAUAGUACAGAUAAUGAGCUAAUUUCAAAAGUAAAAUUACUAAUUAUUGACGAAGUGCAUUUGUUACAUGAAGAUAGAGGCUCGGUUUUAGAAUCAUUGGUUGCAAGAACUUUGCGACAAGUGGAAUCUACACAAUCGAUGAUUAGAAUUGUUGGUUUAAGUGCAACUUUGCCAAAUUAUAUUGAUGUUGCUGACUUUCUUGGUGUAAAUAGAAAUACUGGAAUGUUCUAUUUUGAUCAGUUUUUUAGGCCAGUUCCAUUAAAACAGGAAAUCAUCGGUUGUAAAGGCAAACCGAAUUCAUCUCAGUUGAGAGAAAUCUUAAAUAGAAUAACUUUUGAAAAAUUGAUUGAAAAUAUCAGAGAAGAUAAACAAGUCAUGAUAUUUGUUACCUCCAGAAAAGAAACAUUAAAAACUUCAAGGAUUUUAAUUGAAAUGAUAAGAUCUGAAUCCUAUUCAAACUAUUUCAAUCCCGAGAUUUUUGAUCCUCAAACAUAUAACAGAUUUGAGAAAGAGAUUACCAACAAGAAUAAAAACAAUGAUUUAAAAGAAAUAUUUUUAAGCGGUUUUGGAACACAUCAUGCUGGGAUGUUAAGAUCCGAUCGAAACUUAGUUGAAAAAUUAUUUCUUAAUGGCUUUUUAAAAGUUUUGGUUUGUACUGCUACUCUUGCUUGGGGUGUUAACUUACCUGCUUCUGUAGUUAUUAUUAAAGGAACUCAGGUUUACGAUUCCAAGAAUGGUGGGUACAUGGAUAUGGGUAUUUCUGAUGUUAUUCAAAUUUUUGGUAGGGCUGGUAGGCCUCAGUUUGAAAAAUAUGGUUCUGGUAUACUAUUAACUUCAAAUGACAAAUUGGAUCAUUAUAUUAAUUUAUUGACUCAACAACAUCCAAUUGAAAGUAAAUUAGGUAAUAAAUUAGUUGAUAACUUGAAUGCUGAAAUAUCAUUAGGAACAGUAACAAACAUCAAUGAAGGUAUACAAUGGUUAGGUUAUACUUAUCUUUUUGUAAGAAUGAAAAAAAACCCUCUUGGAUAUGGAAUCGAUUGGAAAGAAAUUCACAAUGAUCCUCAAUUGAUUAAUAAAAGAAGAGAAAUGAUUAUUCAAACGGCAAGAAGAUUGCAUUCUUUACAAAUGAUUGUUUUUGAUGAAAAAUCAGGAUCUUUCAUUUCAAAAGAUUUGGGGAGAGUUGCAUCUGACUUUUAUCUUUUAAAUGACUCAAUUGAGAUCUUCAACCAAAUGUUAAAUCCAAAUGCCACUGAGGCAGAUGUGUUGUCUAUGAUCACUAUGAGUAGUGAGUUUGACAAUAUUAAAUUUAGAGAAGAGGAAGCCAAUGAAUUAACAAAGUUACUCGAAAAGGACGUUUAUUGCCAGAUUGCUAGUACUCCAGAUUCUUCACAAUCAAAAACUAAUAUUUUGUUACAAGCAUUUAUUUCCAAGGCUAGUAUUCAAGAUUCGGCACUAAUUUCCGACUGCAAUUAUGUUUCUCAAAACUCAAUAAGAAUCUGCAGAGCCUUGUUCCAGAUAGGUAUAAACAGAUUUUGGGGAGUAUUUUCUAGAGUCAUGCUUUCAAUAUGUAAAAGUAUUGACAAACGAAUUUGGUAUUGGGAUCAUCCAUUAUCUCAAUUUGAGUUGCCUCAGAAUAUCUUGAAAAACAUUCGAGCUAAGAAUGCUUCAAUUGAUACUUUGAGAGAUAUGACACACCAGGAACUAGGAGAUUUAGUUCAUAAUACUCGUUUUGGAAAACGAAUUUUUUUUCUUUUAAAUAGAUUUCCUGUCUUGCAUAUUGAUGGGGAAAUUUUUCCAAUCACAGCCAAUGUUAUGCGAGUUCAUUUAAAUAUUGAAUGCGAUUUCAUUUGGGAUGACAAAUUCCAUUCCAAGAUUGAAUGUUUUCAUUUGACAGUUGAAGAAAGUGAUAAUAUUUCCAAUAUAUUGUAUUAUCAGAAGCUAAUAAUUUCAAGAAAGAAUUUUAAAAAUAUUCAAGAGCUAGAUUUCAUGAUUCCUUUAGCCGAUCCAUUACCUCCACAAAUAAUAGUUAGAGCUGUUUCUGAUACUUGGAUUGGAUCUGAAUCAGUUCACAGUAUUUCAUUUCAACAUUUGAUUAGACCUCACAAUGAAACAUUGACAACUAAGUUGCUAAGAUUACAACCAUUGCCAAUAUCUGCAUUACAUAACAGCAAAUAUGAGUCAAUUUAUGAUUCUAAAUUUAAUUUUUUCAAUCCAAUGCAAACAAUGGUUUUUCAUACUUUAUAUCACAGUAAUUCCAGUGUAUUCGUCGGUUCACCAACUGGAUCAGGUAAGACUGUUGUUGCCGAAUUGUCAAUUUGGCAUGCUUUUAAUAAAUAUCCUGAUUCUAAAAUUGUUUAUAUUGCACCCAUGAAAGCAUUAGUGAGAGAAAGAGUAGAUGAUUGGCGAGCUCGGAUUACUCCCAAAACUGGAUAUAAAUUGGUUGAGUUGACUGGUGACUCAACUCCUGAUGUUAAUGAAGUUAGAGAAGCUAAGAUAAUUGUUACCACCCCUGAAAAAUUUGAUGGAAUUUCACGUAACUGGCAAACCCGUAAGUUUGUUCAGCAAAUUUCAUUGGUUAUUAUGGAUGAAAUUCAUUUGUUGGCCAGUGAUAGAGGUCCAAUUUUAGAGAUGAUUGUCAGUAGAAUGAACUACAUCAGUUCAAAAACUAAGAUGCCGAUUAGAUUGUUAGGAAUGUCUACAGCUGUGUCAAAUGCGAUGGAUAUGGCUAGUUGGCUAGGGAUUAAAGAAGGAUUAUUUAACUUUCCACAGUCUGUCAGACCGGUUCCUUUGCAGAUGUACAUUGAUGGGUUUCCUGACAACUUGGCAUUUUGCCCAUUAAUGAAAACUAUGAAUAAACCAGCAUUUAUGGCAAUCAAACAACAUUCUCCAAAUAAACCUGUUUUGAUUUUUGUUGCUUCUCGUCGUCAAACUAGACUAACGGCUUUAGAUUUAAUCCAUCUAUGUGGUUUGGAAUCUAACCCAAGAAGGUUUUUAAAAGUUUCUGAGGAUGAAAUAGAAGAAAUUAUCAAAAGAGUUAAAGAUGAUACAUUAAAAUUAUCGUUACAAUUUGGAAUAGGAUUGCAUCAUGCCGGUUUAGUUGAUUCUGAUAGAAGAAUCAGUCAUGGAUUGUUCCAAUCCAAUAAAAUACAAAUUCUAGUUGCAACAUCCACAUUAGCUUGGGGAGUUAAUUUGCCAGCACAUUUAGUAAUUAUUAAGGGUACUCAGUUUUUUGAUGCCAAAAUUGAAGCAUACAGAGAUAUGGACUUAACAGAUGUUUUGCAAAUGAUGGGAAGAGCAGGGCGUCCUGGUUAUGAUACAAAUGGUAUUGCGAUUGUUUAUACGAAGGAAAACAAAAAAUUGUUUUAUAAACAUUUUCUUAAUAUAGGAUUUCCAGUUGAAUCAUCUUUACACAAGGUUUUAGAUGACCAUAUUGGAGCAGAAAUAUCUUCGGGAACAAUCAAAACUAGAGAAGAUGCAAUUGAGUUUUUAUCAUGGACAUUUUUGUAUCGAAGAGCACAUCAUAAUCCAACCUAUUAUGGAAUCGAAGACGUCUCUGUUUCAGGAAUUAGUUCAUAUCUUGGCAAUUUGAUUGAUUUGACCAUAAAUAAUUUAAGAGAAUCAAAUUGUAUUAAAUUGGUGGGAGAUAAAACAAAUAAAAACCAAAUGAUUGAAAGCACUCCAUUUUUAGAUAUCUCAUCAUAUUACUAUUUAUCACAUAAAACAAUUCGAAAUUUUUUAAAUAAAGUCACUCGAAAUUCAAAUUUUGAGCAAAAUUUAAUACUACUAAGUGAAGCAGUUGAAUAUAAUGAAUUGCCUACCAGACAUGGCGAAGAGUUAAUUAAUCAUGAGAUGUCGCUACAAAUGAGAUAUUCAAUCAACGAUAUUAAAUAUAAACAGUUUGAGGAUUUUAAAAAGUUGCCCAUAUGGGAUCCGCAUAUCAAAACCUUUUUGUUGCUUCAGGCUUAUUUUACUAGAAUUGAGUUACCCAUUGCUGAUUAUUCCCAGGACACAGUUACGGUUUUGGAUCAAGCAUUGCGUAUUAUUCAGGCCUAUAUAGAUAUCUCUUCAGAAUUGGGUUAUUUAAGUACAGUUUUGAAAUUAAUUGAACUAAUGCAAAGCAUCAAGCAAGGAAGUUGGUUUGAUGAUAAUGAAAUAGGAAUAUUGCCUGGAAUGGAGAAGUUAUUAAAUGGUUUAGAAUCCGGGGAAAAUAAAGAUAUAAAGAAAAUGACAAUUAAAAAAAUAGGAAACAUGAGCAAAGAAGAUUUGGAAAACUAUCUAAUUAACGAAAUUUAUUUUGAAUUUAAAAACAAAGAAGAAAUGGAUGAUUUUUUCAAUAUUGCAUUAAGUUUACCGACUGGAAAUCUAAAAGUUCUUCCCCAAAUAAAAAACGGAUUUUUGGAAGUAGAAAUUGAUCAAAAAAAAAUUUUGAAAAAUAUGAAAAAUAACAAAAAAAAGUCUGAACUAUUUCAAAGUUAUUGUUCAAAAUUUCCUAAAUUUCAAAAAGAAUCAUGGUUUUUUAUUAUUUGCGAUUUUGAAAUUGAUGAACUAUAUUUGAUAAAGAGAUGUCAACCACAAAAAUACAAAACAGGUAAUAGAGUGUUUUGUAAGUUUGAGAUUCCAAAAGAAAUUUUUGAUAACGAAUUAGAUAUUAUUUGUGUUAAUGAUGGAUUAAAAAUUGAAUAUAGAACAAAGCAUUUGUUUAUUAAUUGAUGUAUAUAUAAUUAAAAAUCUAUUAAUUUU